CGCCGAUAUGUGGCAGUGGCUGAUGAACGAUGUGACAUCAGUCGCAAAAGAUGUGCUCGAAUUGCACCAAAAUCGUCCAGAGAAGCAAGUAUACAUGUCCUUGCCACGACCAGGAAAACACGGCACGACAAGCAAGCCGCUGAAGCCAGCUCGACUGGACAGCGAGGAGCAGGCGAAGAUCGCGAAGGCCGGGCUCGAGAUGAAGCUGAUCACCUCGGAGAUGGACGCGGAGACGGAGAAAUGGCAGGAGAGCGGCAGCGCCUUGGAGGAGAACAACGACAUCGUGAAGCGGGCGAAGAACAUGUCCUCGAUGGCGUUCUCGAUGUACCAGUUCACGAGGGGCGAGGGCGCCCUGAACACCACCCAAGACCUGUUCACCCAAGCUGAGUAUUUUGCUGAGGAGGCGAACAGAUUGUACAAGGUUGUGAGACAAUUCAGCUACCAGGUACGUGACAUCCGCCAGGAGGGCGUAGUGCUGAAAGCAAACUGAUACACAUUUUUUAAUUGGACUGACGUUGAGAGAUGUUGUGUACACGCGUGCCCACGCACAGAGAACGGCUGUGCGUCCGCGUCUACACGAACAUCCCCCUUUAUUUCUGAUCAUUCUUUUUUACCAUUGUUUAUUAUUAUACGGAUUCUAUACUGGACUUGAUUCCGAGUUUUUGAUCCUUGCUAUAUUGAAGAUACGUUUUCCUUCGAUUUCGCUAUUGAGUUUCGUUUUUACGUAAUUGCGAUGCCGGAGCCACGUCGAGUCUAUCGAAGUGAUGGCGCCGAAACUGAUGCAUCAUUCGACCGCCCGAAAUUCUCUUGUACGUUGUACAAGUCGAGAUAGCGUUUCAUUGCUCGGUUACCCCGCGAUGGAAAUUGUCAAUUCGGAUCGAUAACGUUGUUGCCGCGUUGACAGAGUAGCGUAGCGAUCUUGCAAGUGGAUUCGAGGUGGCUCAAGCGUGAGUUAUUAGCAUUAGACAUGUACGAAUUAACACGUUUGCUGCCCUUUCGACCCUCCUAGCUAGGCCGAAUAUAUAUAGUUACCUGAAACCAUUUUGAUCUCUUUAUACUCUUCUUGAAAGAAAUCAACAAAAACGCUAACCUUGUAAUAUAUUCUGUAUUAUGAAACCCUUUUUUGACCCUCGCUCUUUGAAUGCCUCCAUCCAGGUAACUCUUUCUCUCUUUACUUUAGACCCUUGUUGGGCUCAUAGAGAUCAUGUUCGCCUUGUACAGAUCGUUCUCAUUGCCGUGUAUAUACGUACAUAUGUGUAUAUAUAUAUUGAUAUAUCGAAUGUAACAUAUAUAUGUAUAUUUAUAUUUAUUUCAUGUAUAUGCGGUGAAACCUCCUUUUUGUGAAUUCGCCGGAAGGCAAGCAGUUUAUGCAACUAGGUAGUUCAUACAACAGGAGGCCAAACUACUUGUAACUUUGCGUUCGAGUAACUAGAAUUCACCUUCAGAUAAAUACAAUAGAUUCCCAGAAAGGGUUUGCAAAAUUGGGCAUUGACGAUAAUGUCGUUCGCAUAAAUGAAGUUCAAAUAAAUAGAGUUCACACAGAUAAAUGGAGUUCAAAUAAAUGGAGAUCAGAUAAAUGAAGUUCUACUGUAUAUUAUACAACGUAUAAUUUAUAUUACGUAUUUUUCAUAACGUAGGCUAUAAAUAUAUUAUACAUGCUACGUGUCGUAUAUUUAUAUGCGCAUAUUUCUGUGUAUACACGUCUACAUAAAUAUAUAUACAUAUAUUACAUCGCUCGUUCAUUCUGCGAAUACGUUGUUCCAGUUGCUGUUAAGUGUUGUCGUUUCUCUCUUUUCUUUCUCUCUUACAUCGUUUCACAUUACUGCUCCAUAACUGCUAUGCAACAUCAUAACACAUAGUACGAUUCACCUGACAACACUUUCUUAUUUUGAAUGACGUAGCGUAACUACACCUGUUCCUACUUUUCUUUUUCUAUUUUUCGUUUCGUUUGUUACAUUCGCUCCGAGAAAGGAGGAAAGCACGUUGUAAAGGAACGGCCAAUUUCACUAGCGACUACGACCGUAACAUCAUUUUCGUUAGACGUUCGAUUAAUUGUCACAAAUAGGCGUUAACGAGUUGCCUCUCUUUCUCUUUAUUGCGUUGUAAAAAUGCCAAUCGACCCAUCGUGGUAUCAAUUAACAGUGUAUUAUACAUUUCAAUUGGAGUAUCGAUCUAGAUGAAUAGAGACAUCCGUAAGAAUCACAUAUUUUGGCGCAGAUUAUUAUACAUACAGAGCACCCUAAAAACAAAGUGUUUUUCUUACGUUAAGUUUCAGGUAAACGGAUUUUGAAACGGCAAAGCGUAUCCGCGUUUCAGUUUUCCCGUAAACGAUUGUCGCUUUGGAACCGAAACGAUGGAAAUGGUUUUCACUUUUCAUGCGUACGAUGCGUCCGUUACGUUUUUGAUUUGUUAAUUACGAAUAUAGAUAUGAGAACGUGACGCCCGUUUUAAACACUAGAGGAUCUCUCAUUGAACGUUUUUUGCACAGUCACGGCAUCGAUACGACUACAAAUCAUUAUUUUGUUGGUAAAUCUAUUUUGUGUACGUACAUUUAUGACUUUUUUGUGUACGAUUAGUAAGGUGUGUUUUAGAUGCUACGGGAAUGCUUCCGUCUGUGGACGACGUCUAUGUGCAUUGUGGUCCCCCUCCUUCCACUAUCUGGGGCAUGACUAUUAUGUCUCAGUUUUUGCCAGCUUCCGAUUCUAUCUGUCACUAAUCUUCACUUGUCUUUGUCUUCACAAAUGUUCAAUCGGCUAAGAUGAAGUUCCCACGAUACAGUUCGCAAUCGAGCUGGCGAAAUCGUAUGUAAUUUAGAAACAUACGAGCGAAUGUUGGUAAUUUGGAAGAGAAUGUAACAAGUAAACCGUGGAUCUUGAUGCUAAAUAAAAAAUUUGUUCGUCGAUUGCAUAAAAUAAAAAUUAGAUUAAAGUGUACUUUGUUUGGUUAUUC